GUUCGGUACUUUCUAGCGAUUCGCUCUGUAGUUUGCGUUGCCAUUGCUGCAACCGCUGUCAGCGUCGUGCUGAUCUAGGUAUCACAUCCGCUCAGCAACCACGAUGUUAGAAAAAGCUCCCCGUCUCCAGCCGCAAUUGGUCCGCGCGCUGAGCGGCAACGCAGACGUGAACCCGUAUGAUGUGAAGCUUGGAAAGGAGAUCGGUCAUGGAUCCUUUGGGGUUGUCUACGUUGGGCGCGAUGGAUCCUCGGGAAAGUUGAUUGCAGUGAAAGAAAUCGUUCUUCCGCAGAAACCCGCGCCUGCACAACAGUCCUCUACAACUCCACCAGCCUCAACGACCUUGAAAAGCAGCAGGCUUGGAGAGAUUUUGCAGGAACAAUCCGGUCCGCUCGCAAUUGCUUCUGAGAGCGCCACUAACGACUUCGAGGCGACCCAUGUUGCUUCCAUAGCAGCCUCUAUUCCCGCGCCAGACAAGACGAGCGAAGCUCUUGAUCCCGCUGAAGAUAUUGUUCUGAGCGUGGAAGUCGUUGAAAGCAGCAAUGUUGCUGCGCCAACAGAGACUGGCGCUGACGAAGUGAAAAAGCAAAGCUCCUUUGACAGCACCAUGGAAGCGCUGACGACCAAACUUUUCGACGAGCUGACACUUCUGAAAUCCCUUGCGCACCACCGCAUCGUUGCGUACCUCGGCGCCUCCAUGGGAAAGAAAUCGCUGCAGAUUUACAUGGAGUACGUUUCGGGCGGGUCUCUGAAAUCUCAACUGGAUGAGUUUGGACCGAUUAAGGAGUCGGUGUUCCGGAGUUACACGCGACAAAUUUUGGAGGGCGUGAGCUACUUGCAUCUGCAUCAAGUGGUACACUGCGAUCUGAAAACCGGAAACAUCCUCUUAGAUCACGACGGUUCGGUGAAAAUCGCGGACUUCGGUGCCAGCAUCAAAUCCAUUCCCCGUUGGCAGCUGCAGGAACAGCAGGCGUCAAACAAACUUAGUGGAGAGGUUGCAGGCAAUCCGAGCGGCCCCAGCCCACAAGAGCAACUGCACCGCAUGGUCGGCACGCCGAUUAUCUGGGCGCCCGAGCAGCUUGCUGAAGGCGGGGCAUCGUUUGCAAGCGAUAUCUGGAGUCUGGGGUGCUGCAUGGUCGAAAUGCUUACCGCACAAAACUUGUGGAAGUUGCUGAAAAUCGACAAUCCCAUGUUUGCGUACGCGAAGUUCUGCCUGCUACCGUGGAAGAUUGAGGACGUGUUUUCCGCGAUCGACGCCGUGGCGGAGCGCGAAGUCAUUGUUUCCCAGCAUCAACCGGUUGUGCUCGACGGGGACGUUGCUGAAAGUAAUCAGAGGAAGCAGAAGAAAAUUAUGAUUGAAAGCACUGAUGUGGAAAUGGGCGACGCGGGUGCGACGAGAGCGGAUGGCCCUGCGGAAUCUGUCAAUGAUGUGGUGGCCUCAGCACCAGGCUCGGCCACAGAGAAUGAUACAGACGAGAAAGCGGAACCGCCUGUCCUCAAAAAUCGCAGCAGCGCCGCCCGGGUUUUGUCGCUCGUUUUAGGUGGCGGUGACUCUUCGGCCACGCAACAAGAGCUACAGGAGGAUGGUUCCAAGAACAACCCCUCAAGCGAUGAGAGUCAAACGGACGUGAGCGGGCUCUCCCCAGCGGCCCGCGGCGUCGGUCUUUCCGACGAGUGCAAAAAACUGAUUAGCGCGUGCUUGCAAAAGGAAGCGCAGAAGCGCCCGCGUGCAGAAGACUUGCUGCGGUGGAAGUUUCUUCAGUCGGAAGAGCUUUUUUCCGACGCCCUGCGAAGCCGCUACCUCUCUCGCAGAGGCAGCACGAAGCGCGGUUUUGGCUCGUCUGCGGGGAGCCGACGAGGUUCGUUUCUUUCCGCGAGCAUGGAAUCGCUUCGAAAAUCGAGCUCGCAGCUUAUUCCAGUG